AUGCCCUCCUCGUCCAAGGAGCCGCUGUUGGGGCGGAGCAGCAGUGAUUCGGAGGACACUAUGCGAUCACCCAACAUGGUCGACUUCCCAAUUAAAAGAGAGGCGAAACCCUACCGCGUUCUCGUCUUCACCCUCGUGGGCGCCCUCGUCGGCUCUCUCAUUUGGACCAUGGCGCUCGGUGCCGUAGUCAAAGAAUGGACUCCCAACACCGGACACCACUCAAACCACGACAUGGAAGGUCACAACUGCGACCACCAUGAGAAACAUUGGGACGGCCCCACCGACCCGGACGGCUACCCUUUCCCCCAAGAUGCGCUCAAUAACCCUCUCGUAAACCUUUCCAUCCCGCUUACCCAGCCCCCGAUCCGGCCAGAAGAAACGCCGACGACCAACGGGCCCAACUGCGGCGAGUCCGUCGAGGUGGCCAAGGCGCGCGGAUGCAAGUACGACUGGACCGUCAACUCGUGGGUGCCGCCCAUGUGCGUCUCAGAGGAGCUCGCGGACGCCAUGGUCAAGUCGCGCGAGUGGUUCGUCUACGAGGACGAGGCGCGCACCCGGCGCGUCCCCAUGGAGGCCGUCCUCACCGGCACCUACGAGAACCUGUGGGUUGACUGGGGCUACCACGUCACGCACUGCGAGUUUGCCUUCAGGAAGGUGGCGCUCGUGGCGCGGACGCCGGGCAUGGCGUAUGUCGGGCAGGCCAUCAACGAGUACCACACGGACCACUGCAUCUCGGAGGUCCUCGCCAACAGGACGUUUGCGCCGCUCGAGUUCCAGGAUACUUACCUGCACAGGGGCUGGGCGUCGUGCUACCGGAAGGAGUAG